GCACGGGCUAGAAAAAGCAUAUAAGCACGCCGAUUUCCCUGGUGUGCCAAACCGGAGCUGGCGUGACGUUGCUACUAUCGGCCCUUGUUUGCGUGGUAUAGUUUCUACCAAGAAGGUUCAGUUGAGCUUCUCUAUUCCAGUAUCACCAUGAAGUGCUUCAUCCUGCUACUUCUGAUUGGGGCUUGUGCUGCAGCAGCUAUCGAAGAUGACACCAAGGCAUUGGAGGCCUUAAUGCAAGCGAUUGACAGCAAUGAGCUAGAUGGAGUGUUGGAGAACAUGCGUCCACUGUCCCACACCCACUGUCACUGCUACAAACGAGAGGAAAACCAAUCAGAUGACAUCGAGCCAAUGCCCGCCUCAGUGAGGAACAGGGACGGACUCUUGCCCAUGAGGAAGAGCAGCCACAUCGCUUGGGGAUGGUGGGGACACCACCACCAACACCAUCACUGCCACUGCCACUAGCUCAAACGAGAUGACAACCAAUCAGAUGGCAGGCGUAAUUAGACCAUGAGCCUGUUACUGGGGCAAAUCGUGGAAUAUGGCAAGACAGCACGGCAAGAUACAUGGCCUGGACGGGCAUUGUGCCCGGCUUAGUUAACGUAGAAUUAGUAGUGAAGUCGUUCCUUUUAUUGUGAUUUGAUUAAUUCUUUCGUCUUUCAGUCAUUUUAGUUUUGGAGCCGGUUGUCUUACGUGUAAAUCACACAUUGUUUCUGAUACUCAAUCAAUAUUUGAUUCAAACUAUCUUCAAACAAUACUGACCAAGAUGGUGGAGUUUGAAAGAAAAAAAAACAACCGGAAAACAGACAAGUUCCUGAGUAACGCAUGAGGUAAACGUAAUGGCAGAAUAAGAAGGAGGGACGUUGCUUGCUGGUUCGAGUACGUACCUCCAUUUUGUAACUGCCUUUUACAAAUAAUGUUCCUCAAAUAAUACAAAACUGCUAUAAGGACUUUUGGGAAAAGCGCGAAAAAGAAAACGGCAAUUUCUCAACGAGGACAGACGGCUUUUUAAGUUCUUUUCUUGUUUUGUUGUUUUGUUUUCUCGUAUAUCUUUCACAAGAAAGUCAUAAUUACUAUGUGAAAUCAACUUAAAUUUAAAGACUGUUCGAACCAAUUUAAGACACUAUAGUCACGUACGCAUAUAAAUAAGAUACGGAACAAAAUCAGGUGAUAUACAUUCGCUUACUUAUACGAUCACGGACUUAUUGUACUUAGGCAAAACUUUUUGUGUCAAGCUAUCAUCAUUUUUGCUUCAAAUAGGUCCCAGAAUAGAUCGGGUUUUACUCUACAAAGUGGAUCUUUAAAAGUAAAAUAUUAAGACACUUUGCAACGAUUUCUAUUUACAGACAGAUACAUCAAUGUAGACUCGUAUCUUACUACCUUAUGAUUCUUUCAUUGGUUCAGGUUAUCUCUAACUUUUUUUCAACUU